ACCAGCAUGGGACAAAACUCCUCCCGGCCGGACGUGGAACAUCCUGCCUUUAAGGGACUCCAGCCUCCGCCGCAGGGAUCCUCUCAAGAAUGGCCGCGCUGGGCCUCGACUUUGACCCAGGGACUACCACGUGAUGGGGAGAAGGGCCUGUUCAGGGGAGAGUUCAUCCUGGUACAGGCCCCGCCCUCUGGGGCGUUGAGGAGAGGCGAGGAAACCCACCCGAGAGCCCAGCAUCUGUUCAAUCAGUCCUUGCGCUCUCGCAUGGUGAGUCUACCUCGACUUGAGCAAGAAUUUCUUAUGCAGAUGAGACAAAAUGGUGUAACGAGGCUACCGAAUCAGCUGCCGAGACGGAGCGGAUAUGGAGACACGGGUCCUGUACACCUGAACUUCCCUCAAGGACGAGGGGCGGGGCUUCCCAGUACUCAGCACCAGCUCGGACACAUCACAGAGGAGGACGACGAGGAGGCAGAUGAGCUGUCGUCAAUCGAAGAGGAAGACGAAGACGAGAAGGGCGAGGACUACGACGAGACGACAGACGAGGGUCUAGGAGGGAAGACCCCUCUUUCCAAAGCCAGCCCUCGCCACACCCACAGCGACGCUGCCUCAAGGGGGAAAAGUCGCUACGACGGCGACGACAGCAGCACGCAGAACGACGAGGACGACUUCAACAACAACUACAACAAUGGCCAACAUACUAGUACACUGAGGUCGAGAGAUAGCAGAAGCAGAGCGUCAUCACAAAGCGAGCGUCAUCAGCGAAACAGGCUCAACUCUUCGUUUGCAGCCGGAGACGCGUCCUACUACUUCGCUAACCACCUCGUCAAACCGCUCUUCGUCACCUCCAAGCGAUAUGGCUCCUUCCAGGACAACGCUCCGCCUCCCGAUCACUCCCCGGAGUUCAUGCCAAGACAUCAGAUGAGGACGUCCCACUCCCUACCGCGCCCCCUGCGACCCAGCGAACAGAUGACAACGCUGAGGAAAGGGUCCACCAUGACUAUAAGCAGGCGGCUGGGUAUGUCAGAGGCUCGGGGCUUAUCCGACGUGUAUCUUCCCUCGUGGCAUGAGCUCAAAACGGGCAGAAUGGAUUAUGAAGAUGCCAUGAGUGUGCGCAGUGGCCCGGUGGACUGGCGUGACGUCAUACCACCCGACUACGACGGUUAUGUCGAAGAUCAAACGUACUUCACCAAAUCACAAAUGUCGAGAUUCGAUGAUGCGCGCCCGCCAACGCCUCAAAAAGACUAUAGCUCCAGCGAGUCAGGCAUAUCUGAGGAUGAAGACUAUCAAAGCACGGACAGGCCAAGGGGAAGAGGUAAAACUGGCAGGAAUGUUAGAACGCAGGAGGCCAACAACAAUGACAAUAGCAGUAAUGAGAGGUCUCGUAAUCGACGUCAGAGCUCCUCCACUGAAUCUUUUGUCAGGGAUUCCGAUUUUUUCUCCUCCUUCAGCUCGGAGAACCGUGACAAAAGGGACAAAGUCAAACUAAAGCCUCAAGACAUGAGAAAAUCAGGUAGUAACCUGGGCACUCUUGAGAAAAAAUCCAAGGGUGUAGAUGGAAAAGCAAGAGGGAUGAGCGAAAGUAGCACCUACAGCUCAGACGAACACGAUAUCAGCGGCAAGACCCGGACUCUAAGGAGGUCGGCAAAACUCCAAAGAGUGUCAGAGAGUAGCUCAAAGAGCAAAGAGAUUAAAUAUCAGAAAAAGAACCGUGCGUCUGAUGUAGUGAACAAACAAAAAAAUCAACAGACGCGCAGCUCUGACAAGAGAAAGAACUUUUACUGCUGUGGAAACAACGAAGAUAUCCAUAGUCUCACCUCUGUAGGAAAUAUAUCAUCAGAGAAUGAUUCUAUUUUCCAAGGGGGUGACUAUGACCUCGACAAUAUACCUGCUGAUUACUCUUCAGAAUCGGAGGAUGAAAUGGUCACCAAAUCUCAAACAGAACAUGUUACAUCUAGUCAAACGGAAACGAAAACGUGUAACAGAUCAAUGAGUCAGAAAAGUGUUGCAUUUGCUGACGACGUGGAGGAGCACCUUUCGGAAUCAAAGGAAAUCUCGAGAUCUCUCGCAGAUGUCCUGAACACCUCGCUCAAUAACGGAGGGUUUCCUCUUCUCAACGCUCUAAAACGAUCCCAGUCGACUCCAAACAAAAAUGCGCAAUGGCCGGAGGAAGAUGACGUAUCAGACCGUGAACACAGCUCCAGUAAGUCUCAAACUGGAAGUUUGGAUGAAAAUGCUAAUCAAAAUGAUCAAACAAAUUCCAGUGGAACAAACUCACCUCUUUGGGGUAAAGCAAGCAGGUCCUAUUCCGCCGACAACAUUCUCAGCAGUUCCAAAGCAACAGAUAAAAUAAAAAAGCUUCAAGACGUGCUUAUAAAACAAGCACUCCCUUUUGCAAUACCUAAUCCUCAAACAACACUGGAGCGACGUCCAGAAAGAGUGAGUGAGCCAAAGAGAGAAGCAAAAGAGAGUCCAAAGAUAGAAACGAGUCAGGCACCAUCAGAACCAACACCAUCGAUGGCUUCUCGAGACUCGACACAGUCGGUAACUUCUGGUACAAUUCCCAGCAUCACACCGCAGAAAGCUGCUACGAAUGUUAGAUCCCUUGCAGCCAACACAGAGCCUGUACAAGUCGCCAAGAUGCCAACAUCAGUACCACCUCCGCCACCACCACCACCACCACCACCGCCACCCCCACCUCCUCCACCACCCCCAAUGCCUUCUAACAGUUUUAAGGCAAACAACCCACAAUCUUCCAGUCGCCAAAGUGUCAAAGUAAAGCAGAUGGGCGCUGCUCCGAGUCAGAAGAGUAUAUCUUCUCCGCCCGGCAAACCAAUGAAUGAGACAUUGAACAGUACCGCUACAUCUCCAGGGAGAAACGAUUCCGUUAAUAAAAACUUUGUCAUCUACAGCACAUUAUCUAAGGUGAAGGACUGGAAGGUGGAUGGUGAGGAGGAAAACACGGGAACUAGCAGAGUGCAUGAACUGAAGGCACGUCGUCACGAGUCCAAGGCCGAGUUUGUGUGACGUCACCUACUGUCUCAGCAACUUGUACAUACUUAAAAUACACGUGUGGUGUAUGAUCUAUUGACUCAAUAACCGGGUCUUCUGUGGAUUGCCGAACCUACAACCGUUGUUUUUAUUGUCUCUCCCAUGCAGUUUGUUCGACAACCGGUUUUUACAGAAGUAAUAGACCCAAUAACUAGUUGUGGAAUUUGUUUGUUUUAUUAAACAGAAGAAUAUCAAUACAAAAAUGAUCAUUUAGUACAUGGGAAAAAAGACAGGCAGAAAUACCACAAGGAAAGAACAGCUGUUGGUACUACCAGUGGCACCCUCCAACCUGCCAUAGUAAGUCUUUUAAAUUACAAGUUUACUUAAGAACCGAUUGUUGUAUGAACUUCGACUUUAAAAAACCGGUCUUUUGCAUGUCUAUUAAUUGACGAAUAGGCAAUGAACAAUGAUUGUUUGAGUGCUCUCCUCCAACGCUUGUCUUGUCAAAGUGGUACGUGUGUUCUGUAUGGGGAAGGCAACGUCUUUUUGAGGAUGUGCAUUGUUGUAAUAUUAACAGUUCUGAAACUUAAAUUUAUUAUGUUUGUUAUUGCAUUUGUAUGACGCAUUGAACACAAAUCAUGUGACAAAUGUCGGCAUGUCUUGCCAUUUCUCCACCGAUUAGCAUGAGUCUUGUCUUUGAGCAAUUUAAACGAAGGACAAAUGGAAAACCGUGUACAUGUAUACCAGCCUAACGUAUAUAGACUGAUUAUGUAACAACUUUAUUAAUCCCUACUCUUCUUCUUCCUAUAAGAUUGUGUGAUCUUUUCGAUGUUUUUAGUUCAACUUCAAGAAGAUUGUUUUGAAGAGACACUUCAGAUUUUGAUAUGAUCAGGUCUUUUCAAGCACCUUACCUACAUCUUUCGUGAACACCGUUUCCGGUCGGCUUUGACUUACGCGGGGCGACCUCAUGGUACUCCUGUUUAAACCCCCCCC